AAGAAUUUUUUCUUAAAAAAAACAAAAUUGUUAUAUUUUCUGCAACCAAAAUUCCAAAAAAUAAAUAAAAAUAACAAAGCAAACUCUCGAGUUCUUCACCAUCCGCAACAACAACGAAACUGCACCUUCACCCAUACAGCACCGAACGUCGUCGUUUAACCCCAAACCAAAACCCAAACCUUAACCCUCUGCCUUGCUCAAUCAACCCUAUUCCAUUUCAAAAUUCCAAUCAUUCAUGACUCAAAUGGGUUCAGCACCUCCAUGAUCGCACCAAUUCAAUAAUCUUAACGUCGAAUUUCAAUUCUAGGAUGUCGAAUUUGUACGGUGAUUAUAACCAGAAGAUCGAUUACGUUUUCAAAGUGGUGUUGAUUGGAGACUCCGCCGUCGGAAAAACACAACUUCUCGCUCGGUUUUCGAGAAAUCAAUUCAACGUAGAUUCUAAAGCUACCAUCGGCGUUGAGUUUCAAACUAAAACUCUUGUUAUUGAUAAUAAAACUGUCAAGGCUCAAAUAUGGGAUACUGCUGGUCAAGAAAGGUACAGAGCAGUGACUAGUGCUUAUUAUCGCGGAGCAGUUGGAGCGAUGUUAGUUUACGACAUGACAAAGCGUCAAUCAUUCGAUCACAUGGCAAGGUGGUUAGAGGAACUUAGGGGUCAUGCAGACGCAAAUAUUGUCAUAAUGCUAAUUGGCAACAAGUGUGAUCUGGGAACUCUCAAGGCAGUCCCAACUGAAGAUGCUCAAGAGUUUGCACAAAGAGAGAACCUAUUCUUUAUGGAGACAUCAGCACUGGAGUCAACUAACGUCGAAACUGCCUUUCUGACUAUUCUAACAGAAAUUUACCGGCUUAUCAGCAAGAAAACACUUACUGCUAACGACGAGGCUGAUCCUGGUGGUAGUUCCGGGCUUCUGAAGGGAACAAAGAUAAUUGUUCCUAGUCAAGAUGUGAGUGCUCUUGAAAAGAAAGGUGGUUGCUGUGGAUAGUCCUAGCUUUAGGAAGCUUAUUGCUAACUCUAGCUCUGCCUACAUGUGAUGUGGGUGUUUUUAGAGAGGGUAGUUCAAUCUCAUCAGCAAAAUGUUGGGUUUCUUCAUUUGAUACUGUGCUUGUUUCUUGCAAACAUAUGGUUUUUCUUCUUUUUUCUGGUUAUAGGAUUUAAACUUGUUUAUACAAAUUCAUGGCUGUGAAGGCAUGGUUCAGUUCAGAUAGAGGAGUGGAAAGAGAACAGUUGAGCUAUGAUUUAGAAGUUUUGUUGGUUUGCUGUCC